CAGCCCGCGCGGUCGAGGACCCCGGCAGCGGCGCUGCCUGGCGGGAAGGGGGAAAUUUCAAAGCGGAGUUGUGGGUCUUGGUGGUGCGGCUCUGGCGAGAUGAAGCUCCACUGUGAGGUCGAGGUGAUCAGUCGGCACUUGCCAGCCUUGGGGUUGAGGAACCGGGGCAAGGGCGUCCGAGCGGUGUUGAUCCUCUGUCAGCAGACUCCCAAAAGUCAACCGCGACCUCAGGCCGGGGGCGAGCGGGGCGGCCCGCACUCCGCCUACCUGCUCAUCUCCACCCUGAAGGUCAAGCGCGGGACCCGCUAUGAGCAGCUGAAGGAGAACAUUGAUCAAUUCUUCACUAAAUUCGUGGAUGAGGGGAAAGCCACUGUUCGGUUAAAAGAGCCUCCUGUGGAUAUCUGUCUGAGUAAGGCCAAUUCCAGCAGUUUAAAGGGUUUCCUUUCAGCUGUGAGACUGGCUCAUAGAGGCUGUGAGAUUGAUGCACCACUCUCAAACGCCACACCAGUGAAGACUUCAGAAUUUGAAAAAUUUAAAACUAAAAUGGUUAUCACUUCCAAAAAGGACUAUCCUCUAAGUAAGAACUUCCCACAUUCUCUGGAACACCUUCAGACUUCUUAUUGUGGGCUUGUCCGAGUUGAUAUGCGUAUGCUUUGCUUAAAAAACCUUAGGAAAUUAGACUUGAGUCACAACCACAUAAAAAAGCUUCCAGCUACAAUUGGAGACCUUAUCCACCUUCAAGAACUUAACCUGAGUGACAAUCACUUGGAGUCAUUUAGUGUAGCCUUGUGUCAGUCUACGCUCAAGAAGUCACUUCGGAGUUUGGAUCUCAGCAAGAAUAAAAUUAAGGCACUUCCUGUGCAGUUUUGCCAGCUCCGAGAACUUACAGAUUUAAAACUGGAUGAUAAUGAAUUGAUUCGAUUUCCUUUCAAGAUAGGACAAUUGACAAACCUGCGAUUUUUGUCAGCAGCUCGAAAUAAGCUUCCAUUUUUGCCUAGUGAAUUUAAAAAUUUAUUCCUUGAGUACUUGGAUCUUUUUGGAAAUACUUUUGAACAACCGAAAAUUCUUCCAGUUAUAAUGCUGCAAACGCCGUUAACUUUAUUGGAAUCUUCUGCACGAACCAUAUUAUAUAAUAGGAUUCCAUAUGGCUCUCAUAUUAUUCCUUUCCAUCUUUGCCAAGAUUUGGAUACUGCAAAAACCUGUGUUUGUGGAAGAUUCUGUCUAAGCUGUUUUAUUCAAGGAACUACCACCAUGAAUCUACACUCUGUUGCUCACACUGUGGUCUUAGUAGAUAAUAUGGGUGGUACUGAAGCACCUGUUAUCUCUUACUUCUGUUCUCUAGGCUGUUACAUAAAUUCUUGUGAUACAUUAAAGUAAUGGGAAAUUUCAUUUAGUUACAGAUCAGAUCUGUUUGGGAUUCAUUUGUGGUUUAACAGUCAUAUAGGAGAAGAGGAAGCUUUCUUGUAUACAUGGUUGAGGAGAAUAAUGUGUGUUAUUUUAACAUUUUCAAUAAAUAAUUUGACUGUAUAGUCUUAAUUUCAUUAAAACAAUUUAUUGUAGGCUUAACUUUUAUCAGUUUAUUGCACUUGGGUUGAUUUCAGCCUAGUGAGAUUACCUUUUAAUGUUUAACAGAUAUUGAGCCCAAUCACUCUGUCAUAGGAUUUUAAUUUUCUUCUUACAUUUCAAAGAAAGAAAACAUACCAUGGAGGACUAAUAUGGUCUAAAUUAUAGUGAAAACUUGUUAAUGAUAUGAAACUGCAUGCUUUUAAGCAUACCACUUUUUGUGUUUUUCAGGUAUAGUCUACAUAUGAAAUUUUAUGUUCACCAAACAGAAAGUAGGAAUUGCUUUUGGAUAGACUUCAGCUUUUAUAAGUUUUAUGUUAAUCACAUAGUCUUUGUUGUAUUUCUAAUUUUUAUUAAUUAGGAUACCAACAUGUUUUUGAGGUUGGAUGGGAGCAGAAAAUUGCCACUUUUUAUUGACAAUAUUCUGUAUUAUUUGAGGAUUCUUUUUAUUAUUUGAGUUACUUAAUGUUUUUUUUACUUUAAAGAGUGGUGGCAAUACACCAGCUAAAGGCUGAUGAAGAUUUGAACUAGGGCAGACGGCAUAGCAAAGGAACCCAUUUGAAACACUCAUGGAUAAUGGAAUCCAUAGAACUAUUCCAUUCUGUCCAUUUCCACUGCCCUUCAAAUCAACUUCUCCUAAUUGCAAGUCUCAUAAGUGGUUUCUGGGAACAAAGGAGGGUAAAAAGUAAAAUUUACUGGAGAAAACUCUCA